AUGCCGGCCACUGCAGGGAGGGUUCGAAUGCCCGCAAACAACCGGAUGCAUAGUAGCGCCGCCUUGCAAACUCACGCGAUUUGGCAAACUGCAAUCGGGUAUGACCCUUAUGCGCCUAAUAAAGAUGAUUCCAAGGGUUCAUCGAAUCAGGUGACUGCCACUGCCGAACCCGAUGGUGGAAUCGCAUACGCCAACUUUCAAAGGCUUUUAGCGCUUGCCCGAAUCUCAGGUCCGAACGCCGACGUGGUUCGUGGAGCUUGUAAAAAGUGUGGGCGAGUUGGACACCUUACUUUUCAGUGUAGGAAUUAUAUAAGUUCGAAGAAGAGUAUGGAGAAAGACCCUAAACCGAUACAGGCAGCGGUUUUGCAUGGACCGGAUGGGUUGAAAGGAGGGAAGAAGGAAACGGAGAGCGAGGACGAUGACGAGGAGAGUUCGGAUUCUGAUGUGGAUUCGGAGAUUGAGAGGAUUAUUGCCCAAAGAUUUUCUAGGAAGAAGUCGUCGAAGAAGAAGAUUGAUGACGAUGAUGGUGCUGUUUCAGGGUAUGGGGAGAGAAAGAAGAUAAGGAGGUCGAAGAAAAGGAGUAGUCGGAAGAGAAGAAUUCGUGUUUCCGGUGACGAUAAUGAAAGGAGAACGAAGAGGAGGAAGGAAAGAGGAAGGGACUGA